AUGUCGGCAGGGUCCUCUCGGACUCGGCAAGCGGCAUCCGCCGCUGGUGGAGUGCGCCGCAUGCGUUGGACAAGGGAUAUGAACGUAAACGCAUUGCGGGCGUACUAUAAGGCGAAAGGUGAAGAAACUAAGGGGAUAGCGUAUCGGGCUCGGAUGCAUUGCUUUUUUGCUGAGCUGGAGCCGUCUGUUCCCGUCACGGAACAAAACCUGGCAGACCGAGUUUGGUACAUCAUGCGCUCGAAAAUAUUCGAUGAUGCCGAGCUCGAACGACUACGACGUGAGGCCAUUCCCUCAUCGAAUGAAUUGGCUACGGCUGGGGAUGCGGCUCCUCAGGCGACAGACCAGCUGCCACGCGUAGAAGCCGCCAUGGAUCUUCCAGUUUUGGUUGAUUCAGAUGAUGAUGAAAUGGUCUCCCACGAACUAGAGCAAAUGAGGAGUAUAUUGGAAGAGGCGAUUUUGGAAACGCGCAGCAUGCCUCUCGAAAAUCGACCGCGACUUCCCCCGCAUACCUCUAAGCAAGCGAAAUCGGACUGUCGUGAGGGCUCUUAA